GCUAACUUCAGAGCAGUCAAGUCUUAAAAUAAAAAGCCAACUUCAAGUAAUUCUCCAAAACGUGUGCCGGCACGCAAUAGUUUCACUAAUUUCGUAAUAACUCAGCACUUUUGCAAAUAAAUUUUUAGAUCGUUGAUUUAAAAACUCUAAAAUGGCACAAAGCACUUUGAAUGACCUGGCUGGGAAAUUUGGAGGAAAUCCUCCUAAAGGAGUUGGAGUCGGUCUCAAGGUUCUGGCUGUAGCUGGAGCAGCGGCCUAUGGAAUUUCACAAUCUAUGUUCACAGUUGAAGGAGGUCACAGAGCAAUCAUUUUCUCCCGUCUUGGUGGAAUCCAAAAAGACAUCUUCACCGAAGGUCUUCACUUUAGAAUGCCCUGGUUCCAAUACCCAAUCAUCUAUGACAUCAGAAGUCGUCCCAGGAAAAUUUCUUCCCCUACAGGAUCCAAAGAUUUGCAGAUGGUUAAUAUUUCUCUGAGAGUUCUUUCACGACCUGACGCCAUGGCACUGCCUGUUAUGUACCGACAAUUAGGAUUGGACUAUGAUGAAAAAGUUCUGCCGAGCAUCUGCAACGAAGUCUUGAAAUCAGUCGUCGCUAAAUUCAACGCCUCCCAGUUGAUAACAAUGAGACAGCAGGUCUCGAUGUUGGUCCGCAGAGAGCUGACCGAGCGCGCCAAAGACUGGAACAUUGUCCUGGAUGAUGUUUCUAUUACCGAGCUUAGUUUUGGUAAAGAGUACACUGCUGCUGUUGAAGCCAAGCAGGUUGCUCAGCAAGAGGCUCAGAGAGCUGCUUUUGUUGUUGAGAGAGCUGUUCAGGAGAAACAGCAGAAGAUUGUUCAGGCUGAGGGAGAAGCUGAAGCUGCUAAAAUGUUAGGUAUAGCAGUAGGUCAAAACCCUGGUUACUUAAAACUGAGGAAACUCCGUGCAGCUCAAAGCAUUUCUCGCACAAUCGCAAGUUCUCAGAACCGUGUUUACCUGAACGGUAACAACCUAAUGAUGAACAUCCACGACUCGUCGUUCGACGAAGCCGCUGAGAAGUUAAAAAGUCGCACCGGGAAUAAAUGGAACAAAGCUGCGAAUGAUGCUCUCGAGUCAUUUAAAAAACAGAGUACGAAGGUGCAUGUUAGUAUUGAUAAACCCAAAUCUGAAUCUGGAAACAACAAUAGUAAUUUUUAUUUGACAAAUGCUGCUGAUGCUGCUAGAAUUAUUUUAUAAAAGUGUCUUGUCCUU